AGUCAUGCGCACUUUGGCGCUUUUGGGUUCUUGUUUCAAGUUGGUUGCCGGCAGGUAAAAUAUACACCCGAAGUACCCGAACCGUGAGCGUGGCUUGGCCUUUACCUCUGAUGAAGCCAGGAAGCGAUAUGGACCCCUCCCAAGUCGAAGGGAAUGCUUCCUCGGAAGUAAAACACACGUUGCUCGGCGCUCUGCAAUCCAUGCGGCUGAGCCACAUCUCGCAGUCGACUGACAAGCCCUUUAGAGGUUUCGAAGCCGAGUUUGCGUCCCGGUUGCAACUAACAGAGGUAUCUAUAUUGUCAAAGGCAGAGGAACCGGAGAAGUUUGAAGGCCGUGUCGUCAUACAGGUGACUGUGGACGAAGAAAUGCUUAAUAGUGCUAAAAACAUGCACGGUGGAUGUUCGGCCAUGAUGAUUGACAUCUGCUCGACAAUGCCCAUUUACGUCCUUGGGGCCUCGACAAGCGGUUAUGGCGUAUUUGGCGUAUCACAGUCUUUGAACAUUGUCUAUCAUUCACCAGCAUUGUCGGGAGACAAGCUACGCAUUGUGAGCACAACACUCGCUGUUGGUAGCCGGGCGCUCUCAAGUCGUUGUGAAAUAUGGAAUGUUACGCGACACCGAUUAGUAGCAUCAGCUGUACACAUCAAGAUGGUUCCAUCUGAACCAAAGGCAUCUGAAUCUGCCAAACUCUGACCUACAUGGGCGCGGUCACAAAUUUAGGUGUUAUGUUGAUUUACGCAUACCGCAAUCCGCAUCAUGUUAUUAUAUAGCUGAUCCGAGAGUUGUCAUCGCUUCAGCUCUGGCCUGUUUGUAUUACAGUCUUUAACAAUAUUACAGUGUGUUGCUGUAACAUGUUUGUGUCCCCGACUUCCCACGGAGUGGGA